GACCGGCCGGAAGCGGAAGUGCUUCUGGUGGUACCUUCUCGGUGUUCCGAGCGGUCUUUCAGUGGAGGCCAGGGAAAGCGCUAUGGAACACGUGACGGAGGGUGCCUGGGAGUCUCUGCAGGUGCCGCUGCAUCCUCGGGUGCUGGGCGCACUGCGCGAGUUGGGCUUCCCGCACAUGACGCCGGUACAGUCUGCCACCAUCCCUCUGUUCAUGAAAAACAAAGAUGUCGCUGCGGAGGCUGUGACAGGUAGUGGGAAAACCCUGGCUUUUGUCAUCCCCAUUGUGGAGAUUCUUCUGAGAAGGGAGGAGAAGUUAAAGAAGAGCCAGGUCGGAGCCAUCAUCAUCACUCCCACUCGAGAGCUGGCCAUUCAGAUUGAUGAGGUCCUUUCGCACUUCACAAAGCACUUCCCGCAGUUCAGUCAGAUCUUGUGGAUUGGAGGCCGGAACCCUGGAGAAGAUGUGGAGAGGUUCAAGCAGCAUGGUGGGAACAUCAUUGUGGCAACCCCGGGCCGCCUGGAGGACAUGUUCCGGAGGAAGGCGGAGGGUCUGGACCUGGCUAACUGUGUGAGAAGCUUGGAUGUCCUGGUGCUGGAUGAGGCAGACAGACUUCUUGACAUGGGCUUUGAAGCAAGCAUAAACACCAUCCUGGAGUUCUUGCCAAAGCAGAGGAGAACAGGCCUUUUCUCAGCCACACAGACACAAGAAGUGGAGAACUUGGUGCGAGCGGGCCUCCGGAACCCUGUCCGAAUCUCUGUGAAGGAGAAAGGCGUGGCAGCCAGCAGUACCCAGAAGACCCCAUCCCGCCUGGAGAACUAUUACAUGCUUUGUAAGGCAGAUGAGAAAUUCAAUCAGCUGGUCCAUUUCCUUCGGAACCAUCAGCAGGAGAAGCACCUGGUCUUCUUCAGCACGUGCGCAUGUGUGGAGUACUACGGAAAGGCCCUGGAGGCGCUGCUGAAGAGAGCCAAGAUCCUGUGCAUCCACGGGAAGAUGAAGUACAAGCGCAAUAAGAUCUUCAUGGAGUUCCGCAAGCUGCAGAGUGGGAUCCUGGUGUGCACGGAUGUGAUGGCCCGGGGAAUUGAUAUUCCUGAAGUUAACUGGGUUUUACAGUACGACCCUCCCAGCAAUGCCAGUGCCUUCGUGCAUCGCUGUGGACGCACAGCCCGGAUAGGCCACGGUGGCAGCGCUCUAGUGUUCUUACUGCCUAUGGAGGAGGCGUACAUCAACUUCCUGGCCAUUAACCAGAAAUGCCCCCUGCAGGAAAUGAGCCUCCAGAGAAACACAGUCGACCUUCUGCCAAAGCUCCGGGCCAUGGCCAUGGCCGACAGGGCAGUGUUCGAGAAGGGCAUGAAAGCCUUCGUGUCCUUCGUCCAGGCCUACGCAAAGCACGAGUGCAGCCUCAUCUUCAGGCUGAAGGAUCUCGACUUUGCAAGCCUUGCCCAAGGAUUUGCCCUGCUAAGGAUGCCCAGGAUGCCAGAACUGAGGGGGAAGCAGUUUCCAGAUUUUGUGCCCACAGACAUCGAUACUGACACGAUUCCAUUUAAAGAUAAAAUUAGAGAAAAACAGAGGCAGAAACUUUUGGAGCAAAAAAGAAAAGAGAGGACAGAAAAUGAAGGAAGAAGAAAGUUCAUCAAAAAUAAAGCUUGGUCGAAGCAGAAGGCCAAGAAGGAGAGGAAGAAGAAGAUGAAUGCAAAGAGGAAAAAGGAUGAGGGUUCGGAUAUUGAUGACGAGGAUAUGGAGGAACUCCUUAAUGAUACAAGGCUCUUGAAAAAGUUUAGGAAAGGUAAGAUCACAGAAGAAGAAUUUGAGAAGAGGUUGCUGACAAGCACCAAAAGAACAGUACCGCUGACAGACUUAGGGGUCUCAGACUUGGAAGAGGACAGCUGACCUCAGCCUCGGUGAAGGCUGUUACGCCACCGGCCCACAUUCCCGCCCUUCCCGGAAGACUGUUCUGGAAAGCUGUCUGCGCUGAUGGGGAAACACAAAAGAACUGUACACUCAUAAGCACUACAGUCCUGCCAGGUCUCACAGAAUUGUUUCGUUAUUUGAGUGAAAAUAACAGAUGUCAGUAUUGAUUUUGA